AGUCCCCAAAAAACAAUGCUCCCGCAAUAACCCAAAAAAAUACUUUUUUAAAAUCAACUAAACUAACUUAGAGCACUUAGCGCAAAAUGAGAUACACCCUCACGUACACGGGCUCCGUCCUGGGCACCACAGCCCUCACAAUCCUAGCCCUUUACUACGUCCUGACGGGAAAAGGGGAACAGAUCAGCUUCGCAUGGUUUCUGGAAAACGUUUCGCCCUACAUGUGGGCCUCCACAGGGAUCGGCUUCGCAGUGUCCCUCUCGGUCGUGGGAGCCGCCGGCGGCAUUCACACCACGGGUGUGAGCAUUGUAGGUGCAGGGGUGAAGGCCCCCCGGAUCAAGACGAAGAAUCUGAUUUCGAUUAUUUUCUGCGAAGCCGUGGCCAUUUACGGCCUUAUCACGGCCAUCGUCCUGUCGAGUAAUUUCCAAGUAAUGACCUCUGCGGUCAAACCGGCGGAUAAUCUGUUGGGGGCUUACAUUAUUUUCGCGGCUGGGGUCACCGUCGGUUGGGUCAAUUUGUUCUGCGGGCUCUGUGUCGGGGUUGUGGGCUCGGGGGCGGCGAUUGCGGACGCCGCCAACGCCUCACUCUUCGUCAAAAUCCUGAUUAUUGAGAUUUUUGGCAGUGCGAUUGGUCUGUUCGGGCUUAUCGUGGGGGUUUAUUUGACGUCGAAGGGAUCGAUGGGUUAGAGGAGACGUGUGGAAAUUAGUUACGAGUUAUGAUUGUAAUAAUUUAAUUGUUAUUGAUUUGUUGUAGUUUGACCAGUCAAAUACAUUUAUGAUUACUA